AUGACUGAUACCGCAAAGCUAUCAGAAUCUACAAUUCAAAAAAAUGCUACAGAAACUGCAUCAGUGUCAAAAAGCUCAAUUCCAAGUUCUUCAGAUAUGCAAUAUUACUAUCAAUUCCUUUUUCCUUUUAAUACUAUAUUUUCAUGGUUAAACCAUGGCGAUAAACCAGGAAGAGAUAUCGAAAAUAGAGAAUUUGCAAUGGCAUUUAGAUCUGGUGCUUACAAAAGAUAUAAUUCAUUUAGUUCUGUACAGGAAUUUAAAACUCAAAUUGAAAGAGCAAAUCCUGAUAGAUUUGAAAUUGGAGCAAUCUACAAUAAGCCACCUAAAAAUAGAGACACAAUUUUGAAUUCAGAUAUGAAACCAUUAGAAAAAGAAUUAGUAUUUGAUAUUGAUAUGGAUGAUUAUGAUACUUAUAGAACGUGUUGUAAUGGGGCACAGGUUUGUGAUAGAUGUUGGAGAUUUAUAAAACUGGCUAUGAUUGUCAUGGAAGUUACCUUAAAGGAGGAUUUUGGCUUCAAUUCUUUUAUAUGGGUAUUCUCAGGUAGACGUGGUGCCCAUUGCUGGGUUAGUGAUAAGCGUGCGCGUUUAUUAAAUGAUCAACAAAGAAGGUCCAUUUUAGACUAUGUAAACGUUGUUAAAGACCGUAGUGCUGAAAAGAGGCUUUUAUUAAGAAGGCCGUAUCAUCCUCAUCUGCUACGUUCUUUAAAUCUAUUAAAGCCUUAUUUCGUAGAAAUUAUCCUAGAAGAGCAAAACUGUUGGGAGGAUGAUACCCAUGCAUUUGAAACGCUUUUACCAUGCUUACAUGAUAAGCAAUUAAUUGAAUCACUUACAAAGUAUUGGAAAGAAAAUCCAAAUAGAUCAAGCAAAGAUAAAUGGUCAGAUAUAGAUUCAAUAACACGUAAACUCACUACAUCUUUUAAGUCUGCUAGAAAACAAGAUUUUAUUAAUAGAGUUCGCGAUAGUAAGGAGGAUAUCAUCUUACAAACAUUAUAUCCAAAAUUAGAUAUUGAAGUUACAAAACAAACGAUCCAUUUAUUAAAAUCACCUUUUUGUAUACAUCCAGCUACUGGUAAUGUUUGUGUACCCAUUACAGAUAGCUUUACGCCGGAGUUGGCACCUAAAUUGAUUAAUAUUCAACAUGAAAUGGAAGACAAUGGUAAUAAUAUCGACAAGACUUCACUAAAACCAUACAUUGAUAUAUUUAGUGAAUAUGUGAAUGAACUUAUGGCAUCAGAAGAGAAUAAUUCAUUAAAAAGAGAGCGCGAAGAAGAUUAG